GUGAACAUCGCGCGGUGUUGUCCGUGCCCGUGUGUGAUCUCGAACCGAAACGUGUCAUCGUGAACAUGUAGUGCAAUAACGUCAUUCUCACCCUUAAUCUAAGGGUUCUCCAUCGAUAUAAACUAUUAAGCAGUGCCAUCUAUAAUCAGUGUCAUCUCAUCGUUUAACUCGUAACAAUUUUGAGGAAUUUUUCGCAGCGAUCCUCUCGAUGUUCAGCGGCGAGAAUUUCGAAGGGCCGUGAUUUUCAAUUUGUUCUAUUGGCUUAGAAUGUGUUCAUAAUGCCACCUCCGGGUGGUAACUCAGUACUAAUGGCUCCGUACAAACGAAAUAAGUGUAAAAAUGUUUCGACCAGAGAUUUGAAUUUCAACUCGUUGCGUUCCGCGGUGCGGUUGUGCGGGUGUAUUAAUUCUGCGAGUGUCAAAAAGUGUGUUUUGCUUGUUUUGUGUGUUCUGCAACUAGUCAGCCACAUCCAAGGGAGUAUCAUGGGUGAAGAAUGCGAUUGGAGCGGAAGUGGUCUACCAGGAGGCGGGAAAAGCGGUGGCGGGCGGGGCGUGACGCCGGUCUACCUGCGAUGCUCCGAAGGGGCGAUCUCGUGGUCCUACCCUCGCGGCGCCCUCCGCGUCCUGCUCCGGCUGGGCUCGACGGGGCGCGACUUCCGCGGGUGCAUCAAGGUGGCGCCCUCCUUCGCCGGCGCCCGGCUCUUCCUCGAGGGGCCCCGCUCCCUGACGCCCCUCUUCACCCCCGACGACGGCGCCGACCCCAGGCUCGUCCGCUGCUUCCACUCCUCCCACGCUCAGGCGGCCAUCUACGUCGAAUCUGAGGUCGGCGAGGGCCCCGUUAAGAUGUUCCCGAAACAAAUGGCUGCCUUCUCCUAUGACCUGGAGCCACUGUCCAAGCGGCAUCCGGGCGGAUCCGUCUAUGAUAUCACUGACGAUUGCAAACCUUGCUCCAACGAGGAAUUAACUCAAGCUUUUUGCUCAAGUGAUUUAGUUGUGAACGGUUGGAUCGGUCUAAUCGAGAACAAGUACGAGCUAGAGGUGUCCGAGAUGAGCGUGAGGGUGGCGAAGUACCUGCGGCGCUCCAUGGUGGACACCGACGAAGGGCACCCCCUGGAAGCGCCCCCUGACGUCACCGAGAGGAACUACCCGGCCCGAAGGGACCACCCCAACUCGAUCGACGGAGGAGAAGAGGACGAGAAAGUGCUGAUCCAAGUGGCGGCCCACUGCCGGAUAAAACCCUCCGACGGUGGCCAGUUCAUCUUCAUGGCCCGCAAAAGGCUGGGAGACUACAAGCUGGUCUGCGCGCCACGGCUGAGCGAGUGGAAGGCGCUCCUCACCUCCGAGGCCGUCAGGAACGGAGCUCACUGUGUUCUCCGCAGCUGAUAUCCUCCUCGCCCGAUCUCGCGGAACUUGUGAUAUUGUUGAGUCUUUCUUUUUGUUCUCUCGUUGAAAUUUAUGUUAUGCUUUUAAAUGGAAUCCCUCUCUCCCGGGGUUGCAAUUUUCCAUGAAGAAUGAAGACUUUAAAUGAACUGCGUUUAGCCGAAAGGAACCAAGCCACAUCAGCUAUUGCCAAAUCUAACCGGGUAAUUUAAUUUUUUAUAAGAGAAGGUUUGUGCGGUUCUUUUGACAUUUCUAAGGAAUUUGCUUCGUGCUGGACAGAAGAUUCGCCAAAAUUUGCACGAAAGUCCGCACAACCGUUUUUUU